CUGCAGUUCUGGGUUCGGGGAGGACUGGAGGAGGGAAGGAAUCAGAUUGGCAGAUGAGAUUGGUGGGAGUGGGAGUGGGGGAGGGGAGGGGGAGUUCAGGUCAGGCCUGGUGACCAAGCGGGCAGGCGACGGAGGGAGAGGGGAGGCGGAUUUGAGAGGAGGAGUGGUUGGCGCGUCGCCGUCGCGCGCCACCGAGCCGCGUAGGCGCUCUCCCCUUUUUAAUCACUGCCGCGCGGCCCGCCCCCUGCGUCUGCUCGUGCCGGCCGCACUGAGCGUGAGCGGAGCUCUGGGGACGGACUGGACUGGGGCGAUCAGAGUGCACAUAUUAUCGGUUGAUUGUCCGUGACACGGCAAGAUGUCACUAGCGAAGAAGGAAGAGGUUUGCAGUCACCGGCUUGUGCCACGAUUGGGUGAGCCGGCAGUUGGUGUGCCUAUUAAGAAGAGACCUGUUCUCUUGUCUGAUAGAUCUGUUGCGUCUUCCAUGCCGCUCUCAAUAAAGCCUCCGUCUCCAGCGGAGUUGCCUGUUUCUGCUUCCGUGGCGGCUUGCAGCAAUGAAUCAUUCUUCAAUAAAUCAGACACAAAUGCUAUCACCAAAGGUAAGGGAAUCACUGAUACCCAGAUCCAGGACCAUGCCAACAGGUCCUUUACUACGCUAUUGAUGACCAGUGGCCACAGAGGCUUAUUUAAUGCAUCAAGUGAGACCCCUUCUGCCGAGAGUGCUACAAGGUGUUUUCCGUUGAUUAAUGAGUCGGUUGAUGAAUCGCAACGUCAAAAAUUUUUGGCUCUGGAUUUACAGUUACCAUCUCAUCAAAAUGGCAAAGACAGUAAUUAUGGCUCUAUUGUGAAGGAAGAGAAAGCAGACCAAGGUCUUUCUGGCCUUUCUUCAGCAGAACUCCACAAUAGUGUUCAUGUUGCAAGUGAAAUCAAUGCUUCUUCUAAUUCUAACAGUAGCGAUGGGAGACUACCUAACUUGGAUCUGAAUGUGCCGCUGGACCCAGCUGAUUCACUUGAAGGUUUGCCUACUAUGCAUGAAAGUGGUAGUGGGUUGUAUCAUCAUAGUACAAUUCAGCGUCAGAAAGCUCAGGUAACUUCAGCGGCGCCGAUUUCUACAAUAAGCAGUGGACUAGGUCAGAAUAUUGGCAGUACUCUCAACAUGUCUAAUUCAUAUGGGCUUUCUCGUAAGAGUGGGCCAGCUGAUGUUACAUUAGAUUUGCAACUUAAGCCACCAGCUAGACCUGAGCUAGGGAUAAACUGGAAAGGACUUGUUCCUGCUCCAGAACUGAGUCUAUCUCUGUUUGGUAAGCCCAUGGAUGAACCCAAGUCUCUCCACGUUCCUAAUGCUUUAUUUGAUUCUGAAACUGCUGGAGGUUCCAAAAAGGGCAGCCAGGGGACUGCUGCUACACCGGGGUCAGAUAAGGUGCUGCUUGAGAGAACCAUGACACUUGGGCCCUGCAAUGCAAAUCCACAGGAUAGUACAUCAGCAACUGUUUCUGGAAUUGAUCAGAUGGCAUCUAAUAAUUUGGUGAAGAAAGAACCUGAAGAAACAUCCCAACAGCAUAUUCUUAAGGGUGCCGAAAACGCGCAUCUAUUAGAAAGACAAAGUGUUGGACCAGUUAGCAAUUGCGCUGAAUCUGAAAAGACUGACAGUCUACCCCAAAUUCCCAGUAAAACUGGGUUUGAUUUGAAUUCUCACAUCUUUCCAAAUAACAGUAUCCAUGAUGGGCUUGAUGUAGCAACUGAUAAUGUCCCAAUACCAGCUGAAAGUUUGCCUGAUAUUGCCCAUGCUAAGACCAUGCCUGCUGCUCCUGAAGUUGGCAUAAAUGUGAAGUGCGAAGAAUCCACAGGUGCUGCCAUGAGCCCUGCGGUAGCAACAGUAAGUGGUCAUUCGGCACCAUUAAUGGAAGCAAAAUCAUUGCCUUCACAAAGUACUCUUGCCAGCCCUGCUGUUCGAUUAUGUGAAUCUUCAAGUCAGCCCUCCGUUUCUACUGUUUGCAAACCACCAGCUAGCCAUGUUCAUGCUCAUGUGGAUACGAGACAGAGGCCCUGUGAUGCAUUUCCAGGUUCCUCCAAUCCUGCAGCUAAACCUUUGCUUAAUUCUCGGGACAAUGCUACUAUUGAUGGCAUGUCACAAGGGAGUGCUGAAAUGGACUGUUCAGAUGAUGAAGAUAACAAUACCGUUACACGAUUUCCAAUUACAAAUAAGCCUCAUGAUGGGCCAUUGAGGAAUGGCCCGACUACUAAGGACGACCGUAUCAAUGCUAAUAACUUAUGCAAAGAGCUAAAGAAAGAGCAUGACAGUGAUAUGCAUCAGGACUGCUCAUCUGUGACAAAUAAGGUCAAUAUGGAGGCUGUUGAUGGUGACAAGUGUAUUAAAACCAAAGUCAGUGUUGUCAGCCUUGCAGGUGACCAGUGGCAUCGAAAUGAGGUUUUUGUUAGUGAAAAAUCUAAAGACAAACAAUCAUUCAAUUCAGAUAAGACUUCCACAGGCUCUGGUUCAACAGACCUUCAAAGGUCGUCAGCUUUGCAAAAAUCUACUUCUCCUAAAUUGCAAUCCACUAGGAAAUCUCAUAAGACCUUAGAUAGCUGUCUUGAGAAGGCUAGCAGCCCAAAUAUGAAGUCAGAAAUGUCUCCACAUGGCAAGCAAGCUGCAAGUUGUAAUGAGCACCAUGCAAAAAUUGCUGCUGUGAAGAUGGAGCAUCAGAUCGAAAAUGAAGAGGUUGCUAGGCACUCUGAAUUGCAACGAAGAGAUUCAGUCCAGGGCGAAGACUCAGAGGUGGACAGGGCUUCAAGCAGUCAACCACAUAGUGAAUGUGCCAAGGGCAAGACAGCAUCUGAAAAAUCAGAACAUGACAAAUCCAAACCUGACGGCUCAUGUAAGACAUCUCCUCUACAGAAUGAAAGAGAUGGACAGCUUGUUGGGUCACACUGGAGAGAUCUGGGGCAUGCUUAUGUGAAUAGGAAUGAAAGAUGGGAGAGGUUCAUGGAAUCUGAACGGGAAAAGAACAAUGGAGAAUGUCAUGGCGGCAGACAUGCAUUUGACAUGACCAACCAACGAAUGACAGGGCACCGUGGUGGUUGGCGGGGUGCUGUACCCUGUGGCCAUCCAAGGAACUUCCGAGGUCCAAGAAUGAGAGAUGAGUUUGCUGAUGAACCUAUUGGUGGCAGGAGACGUUCAUUUGAAGAUGAACCUGGGCAUUUGCAUCGGGCUCCACAUAGGCGGCGGCGUUCACCGCCACCUGACUGCCUCAUGAGAGAGGUGGAAAUUGACGGCUUCCAUGGAAGAGAGAUUCCUGAGCCUAGGCUGCUGGCUCGCGGGCAGAUAGAAGAUAUCUUAGAUGACAUGAUGGAAGACAGGGUUUUUAUGCCACGUUCCCAUCGACACCGUGGCCAAGGUGACCAUGGAUUCAUCCAGAGAGAGAGGAGCCAAUCACCUGCACAAAGAAGGGGUGGCCAUGUGCAUUUCCACCGUGGACGAUCACCAGAAGCGAUGCCCAGAUCGCCGCCAUUAAUGCGAACGGAGAGGCCAUACUUGCCCCACUGCCGUCACAGCCGAGUCCAUGUCGAGAGAGGAGGCAUGCAGAGAAACGUGAGGAGAUGCGGCAUGGAAGGGGAUGCAUUCGAGCCACCACUGCAUCCUGCUCACCUAGCUGAACUCCAUGCAGAAGAGGAACUCGCUGGUAGAAGGAAGUAUAGAGAGAGGAGAGCAUAUCUUCGGUCUUCGGUCAGUGACGAAGACGAGAUGAUGCUCUCCUACCAUACAGAGGACGACAUGGAAUUUGCCGAAGCUGGUGGUGGUCCACGGGAGCACGAUGGCCGGUUCAGGAACAGAAUGGGCCAUAACAGGGCUAGGGGAGAGCAAGAAGAUGGGUACAGGCACCGUGGCCCUCAAGGGUGGCGAGAUGGUGACUCAAAUGACAGUAGACCAAAGCGGAGGAGGUACUGACCUGCUCACAGCAAUAACCGACUAAUGCAGAAGACGUUGGCCUUUGGGUGGACUGAUUGAUGAAUCUGCGCCAUAGAUCUCUCUCAACCAAACCCAGCACUGUUUUGCCAGCGCCUUCCGUUCCAUACAUUGGUUUGUUUGUUGCAUUCUUUUCUCAGGAAGCCAUGGUGCUGCAGCGUGACAUCUACAGGCACCCUGCAGCUUCUGAAACCAACUCCUCUGUCUAAAUACGCCCUGGAUCCUGCUUGAUAAGCUGCGCUGCUCAUGGGCAUGGAGGCGAAGACAUUGAAAUUUCAGGUCAAGUUCAAAGUGAACGAGGACUUCCUCUAAAAGCCUCCGGGCACGUGCUGUUUCCGCCUGGCUGGAAUCGAGCAAGGAGACGAAACCUCCCUGGGCAAAAGCUACACUAUACUUUUACUUGCAAUGGUGCUGGUACGGCUCUUGUAUUAAAGAUGGUGUGUCUCUAAUUUGGUUUGAGUUGAUGGGGGUUACGGCAGCUGUGGAGCCGGUACCCCUGUGACCCGAUCUCCGUCGUUCAGUCUUUGGUUGGCCUCGCCGGACCUUGGGUGUACAACUGCCGGGCAAUGUGCGCCGAAUAAAAUUGUUUGUGUUUUUUGGGCACCCA